CUCCCUCUUUCUCUCCUCUCCUCCGUCCUCUUUUUAAUGGGGCUUGCGGGUGAUCGGGAGCGCACGGCGCGUCUGGAUCGCCUGUUCCGGUGACUCCAUCUCCUGAUGAAGGCUUGGCUUGCGCUCUGCUCGUCAAAGCUGGACGAGCGCACACCUAAGGGGAUCAGACUAAGCGCGUCCUCUCGGAAUAACGUCGCCUUCCUGUGUGGAUUUCGGUUCUGGCGAUCUUCUUCCCGUCUUGGAUGUUAGCGCGCAUCACACACCGGCGCGCAUGAAGCUGCCGUUUGGGGGAUUUUCAGACAGAGGGAGACCGUUUUAUUCUUUUACGUCGUUAUCUCACUUUUUAGGCCAGAUUGAGACUCUUUUUCCGCGCAGCUUUCUUACAUGUGCUCGGCGAUAAAAAUUUAAAUCACGGAAAAGUUGCGCGCGCAAAGAUCUGGAGAAGGACGACAUGGCUAUGGUGGCUUGGAGAAACGCUGAGGGCGUUGGGGACACGCAGGGGACUCUCUCCUCCCCGGUGUCCCAGGUUGGCCCCCUGUCGUUAUCCGGGGAUCUGACGGGACACAGGAAUCCGGUGACACCGGCGACCUCCCUGGAACUACCGACGGCGGCGGUGGCGGCGGCUCCACCGCCCAACCAGUCCAGCGCCUCCGCCGCGACCACAACGGCGACCAACAACAACAGCACCUCGUUCUCCUCCUCAUCCUCCUCCUCAUCGUCCAUGGACAAGCAGCAGAGCCAGCAGAUCGAGUGCAUCGUGUGCGGCGAUAAAUCCAGCGGGAAGCACUACGGACAGUUCACCUGCGAGGGCUGCAAGAGCUUCUUCAAGCGCAGCGUCCGGCGGAACCUGACCUACACCUGCCGGGCCAACAGGAACUGUCCCGUGGACCAGCACCACCGCAACCAGUGCCAGUACUGCCGCCUCAAGAAAUGCCUGAAGGUCGGCAUGCGGAGGGAAGCCGUGCAGAGAGGCAGGGUCCCCACGCAGGCGUACCACGGCCAGUUCGCGCUCACGAACGGGGACCCCCUUCAGUGUCACUCCUACCUGUCCGGCUACAUCUCCCUGCUCCUGCGGGCCGAGCCCUACCCCACCUCCCGGUUCGGCUCCCAGUGCCUGCAGAACAACAACAUCAUGGGCAUCGAGAACAUCUGCGAGCUGGCGGCCCGGAUGCUGUUCAGCGCCGUGGAGUGGGCCCGGAACAUCCCGUUCUUCCCGGACCUGCAGGUGUCGGACCAGGUGGCCCUCCUCCGCCUCACCUGGAGCGAGCUGUUCGUGCUGAACGCGGCGCAGUGCUCCAUGCCCGUGCACGUCGCCCCGCUGCUGGCCGCCGCGGGCCUCCACGCGUCCCCCAUGUCGGCCGACCGGGUGGUGGCCUUCAUGGACCACAUCCGGGUCUUCCAGGAGCAGGUGGAGAAGCUGAAGGUGCUGCACGUGGAUUCGGCUGAGUACAGCUGCCUGAAGGCCGUCGUGCUGUUCACCACAGAUGCCUGCGGUUUGUCGGACAUGGCGCACGUGGAGAGCCUCCAGGAGAAGUCCCAGUGCGCGCUGGAGGAGUACGUGAGGAGCCAGUACCCCAACCAGCCCAACAGGUUCGGGAAGCUGCUGCUGCGCCUGCCGUCCCUGCGCACCGUCUCCUCCUCCGUCAUCGAGCAGCUGUUUUUCGUGCGCCUGGUGGGGAAGACCCCCAUCGAGACCCUCAUCCGGGACAUGCUGCUGUCCGGCAGCAGUUUCAGCUGGCCUUACAUUCCCAAUCUCCAAUAGAAGGAGACGCGCUCGGCGAAAACAUCUCCAAUCUUUUUUGGUUUUCAUAGAAAGUGCAGGGGAAAUCUGCCUUAUUCUGGAAAGAUGAACUUAUUGAUGAAGUGAUCGGCGGCAGAUCAUUAACCCGUUCACCCACAAACGACCACGGACUGACCCGGUGACCUCAAACAAACUGCAAUUUUUUGGGAAUUAAAAACAGUAUUUAUUGGACCCGUGUGAAUAUUUAUUGUGCUUGUAAAUUAUGUUUUGAUUUCUUUUUUUUUUACCGUCUCAUAUCUAUAUCUAUACAUAUAUAUCUCUAUUUUUUUGCCCUGGUUUCUGAAAACUGGGGCGACCGUCUUUCCUUUUCUGUCGUGGUUUUCGUAGCUUUUCAGACGAAGCACUUUGGACUGCAGCGAAAUGUCAUCAAGGUCGCCUCCAAACCGCGCUCAGAUCCACUCCGACCCGCCGCCAAGCCCAAAAGCACUGAUUUUCGUUUGUUGGUAUUGAAGAAAAACCACAAAUUAUAUUUGGGUUGUGUCAAUUUUUUAAAUGUAUUUUUUAUUGGGCUAUUAUGCAGAAAAAUUAUUUUUCUUCUUAACUAUUUGGUUUAUUCUUGAAAGGAUGUUUCAUCAAAAAUUCACUUUUUUCCCAUUUUUCCCUCCAAAAUGAGAAAUGGUCACAAGGUGGAGGAGACGACACACCCACCCAACACUUACCACGAUUUUUAGAUUUCUGGGAUUUUUUUCCACAAACUUUGAGAUUUCUUAUUUUUUUUAAGAGCACUGAGUUUUUCUGUCAUAAAGGGACGAAGAGAACAAAAGUUUCUUGGACGGGUUUGACUUCGGGGCCCGGCCCGCUCCCUGCAGGGCCUCCGUGGAACCCAGCGUGUGUGUUUUCCUGUGUUGACUUCUUUUCUGACACCCACUCUGAUGUACUGUGAAAGGUUAACAUAUUGAUUAAAUUAUAACUGAAGAUUUA